AUGACGAACGUCACCUCAACCACGCCCGUCAAGUUUACGCGAACGGCAUCCGCCCAGUCAAGAGUCCUACCCCAAGAUGAAACGCCGAGGCCAGGGACGAGUCUGAAGACAAGGAUCGCGAUUAGACUACCGUUUGGCUGGACGACGCAGCCAUUUCCCAGACCAUCAGCUAUCACAUACGUGGACCGAAAGCUCAAGCCCGGCGAUCGAAGCUUUCGACCAUCAGCACGCACAGCCAGCCAUCAGCGCCAAAAGGACUCCGAGAGGAUGAACAACCCAGUCGGCACGAUGGGAGACAAAGAUCCGAUAGGGCACUUUCGAACCAGUGAUCCUAAAGCAUGUGCAAAGCCUACAUCACAUCGUGCAUGA